UUGCGUCCGAGCGCCGUCUAGGAUAAACAUGGCGGAAGUUUCGUCGUCGGCUGCUACGGCUGCUACGACUGCAAAUGUUGUAAAAGAUAUCACCGAGAUCUAUUCGCGCCUCUUCGAUCACAAGCCAUUUCUGCAAGGAGAAAUAAAGUUUUUCGUUAAGGAAUUUGAGGAAAAGCGUGGCGACCGCGAGGUGCAGAGGCUGUUUGAGAUGCUUGAAGAUGUGACCGAGGUUCGGGAGACGCAGAUAGACCGGGCGUGUCGUACUUCAGACCAGGGACUGUGCAGCCUCGCAGGCAACCUUGAGGUGGCACUCAGCAUGUGCCACCGCAUCCUCGAGGCCGAGGACAAGGUCAACUCGGCGGACGACCUGUCAGAGCGGCGCGAGCGGCGACGGUGUGAGUGGGACCAGUUUGAGCAGGACGUCAAGGACAAGGUGGCCAGGAUGGACCAGGCCUUUGAGGAAAAGGAGCGCGAACUCAUCGACCACUACCGUCGCAUUCGCGAGAAGUUGCAGCCGCCGCACAAGAGCGAAUAGCAGCCAACUUGGCACUGGCCCAUUUCGACCGUAGGUCAGCACCGCAUCACGGAGCUCCAUGCUGGAGUGCAGACAAGCUGCAUCGCAACGGAAGUCCUUCGAUGGUUACGCAUGGGACCCCUCCUGGCUCAUUCCAACAGACUGUUGUGUGCACACUAGUUUGUGGUGUUUGCAGUGCUGACCAGACUUUAUAAAUGACACAUUUUUUCUUGACAGUAAGCAAAUGUUUAUGUGGAGAGUGUUUGGUUACUGUCAAGAACAAAUGUAUUCCCCUUACCAAAUGACAUUAUAAAUAAUACACUUCCAGUGAGACGGGAUUACUGGUCUUCCUAUGCUGGCCAAACAGAUAGCGCCGUUGUGUUAUCUGUUUCUCCUUUCCACAUGUAGGGUAGCAAACUAGGCAAGGUCUUGCUCAUCUACCUUCCUCUCUCUUGUGGUGGCACGUUGCUCUGCAACAGUUUUCAACAGAGUCUUUAUUCUCUGGUAACAAAUUGCGGGUUUGAAAUUGUGUAUAUAAAGAGUGUAUACAUAGUAUUCUUUUUUAUGUAAUAAAUUAAAAAUG